CUCAGAGGCAGGGGCCAUGAGACAGGCACACGCACCAUGGGGCACCUGGAGCUGGCUGUCUUAGGCCUCGCCUGCUGCUUGGCAGUAGUGAGGGCAGCAAAGCUGGGCGUGGUGCACACGGAAGGGGGCUUCGUGGAGGGCGUCAACAAGAAGCUCGGCUUCCUCGGCAUCGGCGGCCGCUCUGUGGACAUCUUCAAGGGCAUCCCCUUCGCUGCCCUGCCCAAGGCCCUAGAGAACCCCCAGCCGCACCCCGGCUGGCAAGGGACCCUGAAGGCCAAGGACUUCAAGCAGCGAUGCCUGCAACUCACUCUCACCCAGUUAAAUACCAAGGGCUCCGAGGACUGCCUCUACCUCAACAUCUGGGUCCCCCAGGGCAAGAAGGAAGUUUCCCAGAACCUGCCUGUCAUGAUCUGGAUCUUCGGAGGAGCCUUCAUCUUUGGGGCCGGCCAAGGGUUUAACGUCUUCAGUGACUAUCUGUACGACGGGGAGGAGAUCGCCACGAGGGGCAACGUCAUUGUGGUCACCUUCAACUACCGCAUUGGGCCGCUGGGCUUCCUCAGCACUGGGGAUGCCAACCUGCCAGGUGUGCUGGGCGCUUUGGGCCAGGGCAUGAAGCUGACAGUCUGGCUGUCCUUGGUGGAGCCCGGGUGGGCAGGACAGAUUCUCUCUCCCUACAACAAGGGCCUCAUCCGGCGAGCCAUCAGCCAGAGCGGCGUGGCGCUGACCCCCUGGGCCAUCCAGAAGAACCCUCUCUUCUGGGCCAAGCAGAUCGCCAAGAAGGUGGGCUGCCCCCUGGACGAUACCGCCAGGAUGGCCAAGUGUCUGAAGGUCACCGACCCCCGGGCGCUGAUGCUGGCCUAUAAGAUACCCCUUUUGGGACGGAAGUACCUCUUCCUGUACUCUUUGGGCCUCCUGCCUGUCGUGGAUGGAGACUUCAUCCCCGACGACCCCAUCAACCUUUUCGCCAACGCGGCCGACAUCGACUACAUCGCUGGCACCAACGACAUGGACGGCCACCUCUUUGCCAGCGUUGACGUGCCAGCCAUCAACAUGGACUUGCUGACCGUCACAGGGGAGGACAUCUUCAAGCUGAUCAGACAGGUCACCAUCGCCAAGGGGCCCAGAGGUGCCAAUGCCACCUUUGACCUCUACACCGCAUCCUGGGCCCAGGACUCCUCCCAGGAAGCCAAGAAGAAGACGUUGGUGGAAUUGGAGACCGACAUCGGCUUCCUGAUGCCCACCAAGAUGGCCGUAGCCCAGCACAGAGCCAACGCCAAGUGCUACCGGGCCCAAGACAGGACUGUCUCCCGGACCAUGAUCGCCUACUGGACCAACUUUGCCAGAACUGGGGACCCCAACCAGGGCCACUCGGCUGUGCCCACCCAAUGGGAGCCCUACACCCAGGAAAACGGCAACUACCUGGAGAUUAACAACAAGAUGGAUGACCAGUCCAUGAAGCAGCACCUGAGGAGCAGCUACCUGCAGUACUGGACCCAGACCUACCAGGCUCUGCCCACCGUAAAUAGAGACGGGAUCACCCUCCUGCCCUACUCGGACAACUCUGAGGCUCCCCCUGAGCCCCCCACUGGUGACUCUGAGGGGGCUCAGAUGCCCGCAGCCAUUGGCUUCUAAUGUCCCUGCCCCAGAGGCCACAGGUGGGACCCAGGGAGCCCACCUCCCUCCCCAC